AUGCCGCACCACUAUUCAACUGAAAUGUGGGAGCGCACGCACAAGGGCACGGUGAAGGGUCCAGUAAGAGGGAGCAAUUGGAGCGACAUACCUCGACGAAUCGUGGAGGAGGAGGUGCAGCAAGAGGUGUACCGCGAGGUGGCGGCGGACGCUGGGGGUGGGCGACAGUACGCGUCCGCCUUGCGUGAGGCAAUCAAGACGAAGAAACCGGUGCUCACGAAGAAGUAUCAAACAAUGCGGAUUGGCGGAGCGACGGAUCCGGUGUACGAUGAGUACAUGACUGCGCUGGGAGACGAUAUGAAGGGUUUGGCUGAUGAGUUUGAGGCGUUGGGUCUGGCUACCAACAGCGUGCAGGUCCACACGGCGGUGGCCAUUCCGCGCACAAGAGGCGGCGAGAUGGUGGCCAAAGGGACAUUUGUGAAGGCGUCGCCCCGAGAGAGGUGGUAUUCGGACGUGGCGCUGCUCAAUGACAAGGGUGGGGACUGGUAUGCAAAAUGUCUGUGCAUCUUCAGGGCGGUUGACCGUGAUGGGGAUUGGAAGUGGUACGCAUAUGUGAUGUACUAUGAGAAGGCUGGGAGGUGCAAGCUCACAGGAUGUACGCAGCUGCACAAGACAGUGGAGAAUGUGAGGUUCUCGGUGGUGGAGCUGAAAAGCCUGCAGAGAGUUGUGCACGUGUGCCCUUCGUACAGCAACAAGAAGGUGCAGCUAGUAAACAGCCGUGAUCGCAACACCAUCAUCCUCACCAUUCACAAGGCGCAUCGCAUCACCGGCGAGUUGGCGCCGCCCGUCAAGGAGCACGGCUUCAGUGUGCAGCACCUCACCAACACCCGAAUCGUCAACAUUCGUGGAUCGGUUCCGGAGACGGGCCUGCCGCACCUGCAGGGAGUGGGUGACGCGCUGAAGGCGUAUUACCGCGUUAUGCUGAUGAGGCGUGCGAUAGGGUCCAAGCGGUUCCAGUUCGACUAUUCGGCUUCCAUCGCUGAUGUCGACUAUAACGACAUGCUCGAGUGGCUGGGAGAAUCGUGGACUCGUGUGCGUGCGGCAACCAUGCAGCGGAGCUGGUGGCGUGCAGCAUGCGUGCCGGCGAGCUGGCCGCCCCUGAUGGCGUACCUGGGUGACACGUGCGCAACCGGCAUGUUUGAGCCUAUUAUUUCGGUAUGCGUCGAUUUGCAGUUGCUUAUCGAGAAGUUCAAGGUGAGGCCUGCGUGCUACAUGAUGGCCGCGGAUUUUAUCAACUGCGACGCAGGACUAUGCGUGGAGCAGGGGUUCAGAGCCACACCUGCUGCCAGCGCGCGUCCGAUGACUCGUCGGGCGAGAUGA